GACCACAGAGCGCAGACCAGCUUCAUCCCGUUCCAAUCGCCAGUUCCACGUCGCAGCAUCCCAGCCUGAGAACAUACAUGGGAGCAGCGGGAGCGGACGCCGAGUGCGACCGGAUCAGGGGCCCCUGGAGCCCGGAGGAGGACGAGGCGCUGCGGCGGCUCGUCGACCGCCACGGCGCGCGCAACUGGACGGCGAUCGGGCGCGGGGUGCCCGGCCGGUCGGGCAAGUCGUGCCGCCUCCGGUGGUGCAACCAGCUCUCGCCGCAGGUGGAGCGCCGCCCCUUCACGGCCGACGAGGACGCCGCCAUCGCCGCCGCGCACGCCAGGAUCGGCAACCGCUGGGCCGCCAUCGCGCGCCUCCUCCACGGCCGCACCGACAACGCCGUCAAGAACCACUGGAACUGCUCCCUCAAGCGCAGGCUCGCGGGCGCCGUUGAGCUGGACCGGCCCUGCAAGCGGGCGAGCAUCUCGCCGGAGAGCAGCCCGUCCGGGUCCGGAUCCGGGUCGGACCGAAGCGACCUCAGCCAUGGCGUGUUCCACGGGCAGCAGGUGUACCGCCCCGUGGCGCGUGCCGGCGGGUUCGAGCCGGCGGACUGCGCCAUGAGCCGGCGGCACGAGGUGGCGGAGGACGAAGAACCAGAGGACCCCCUCACGUCGCUCUCCCUCUCCCUCCCCGGCAUGGACGCCGCCGUGCACAGCGGGUUCCGCCACGACUGCUCCCACAGCCACUUCCAUCAACCACCUUCCUCCUCUCCGUCGCCUCCUCCGCCACCAACCGCCGCGCCGGCGACGUCGCCCUACAACUUCAGCCCCGCGUUCGCUGCUGCGAUGCAGGAGAUGAUCCGCGACGAGGUGCGCCGGUACAUGGCCGGCGUAGGGUGCAGCGCGGAGCUGUCGAUGCCACAGGUGGUGGAGGGAGUGAUGCGUGCUGGCGGUGUCGCCAGGAUGCAGUAACCAGCCGCAAUCUGCUCACGCGAGUGGCAUUUUGCUUCAUUCUUUAGGAUCUGAACUGAAAAACAGAGGAAGAACCGGAGAAAGCAAGGCUAAGCCGAGGCUUUGCUUCAGUCUUUGUACAUACAUGAAUGCAAUGCAAUGAGAAGUAACUUGUGUCGAAAUUCCAAGUUCACAUUUCAGUCAUGUCAUGUUUGUUUAUUUUCCUGCAA